GGGGGGCGGCACCGGGGAGCGCCGUGGGGGGACCCCAAAGCCUUGUUGGGGUCCGGGAUGGCUGUGGGGGGGUCUUUGAGGGCCUUUGGCGUGUGGGGCCGCAGGGGCUUGGGGUGGGGAGGAAAAGGGGGGUCUGUGGUCACGCGUGAGCUGGGGAGGUCGUUGGCAGCCUGAGGUUGCGCGGGGGGUUGCAUUGAGCACACGCAGAUUUGUUUUAAGGUGUUGGGGUGUCCGUAGGGUAUCCAGGAGUGCUUUGGGGGGGAGCGUGCGGUGGCACUGAGCAACUCCGGAUUGGGUUGGGGGCUUCGGAGAGGCAAUGGGGCACCCCGGGAUUGGCUGCGGGGUAGCAUUGAGUUUCUCAGGAUUAGUGAUCGUGAGGACCCCGAGGUCGGCGUGGGGUGGCUGUGGGGUGGCAUUGAGCACCCUGAGAUCGGCGUGGGGUCGCCUCGAGGACCCCAGGAUUGCUGUGUGGGAGCUCUGAGAGCCUCGAAAUUGCUGUGGGGUGGCACUGAGCCCCCAAGAUUGCCACGGGGGGAGGCAGCGGAGCCCCCUGUGCUAUGGGGUGGCCUUGAGAAACUAAAGACUCCUACGGAGGGGCUGUGGAACGUCUCAGGAUCGCUGUGGGGUGGUUCUGAGGACCGUAGAACCGGUGUGCGUGUGUGUAGAGGGGGGGGGGGUUGAGACCUCCGGCGUUGGUGUGGGGCAGCCUUGAGAUUGGUUUGAGGGGGGGAGGCUUUGACGGUCCCAGUUGUUGUGGGGUGGUAUUGAGGCCCCCCGAACUGCUGCAGGGUUGCUUUGGAGUAGCUGCGAGCCCUCCAGGGUUGCAGUGGGGAGGAGGGGCACGGAGCACCUCAGAAUAGCCAUGGGGUGGCCUCGACCCCCCCGGAUCGCUGUGGGAGCGGGAGAGGGGACGGUCUGAGGACCCCAUGACCACUGUGGGGUAGUACUGAACCCCCCAGGACAGCGCUGAGGGUCGCGAUUACCUCAGGACCCCUCAGGAUCCCCGGGGCCCGGCUCACCGCCUCACCACAGCUCAGCCCGCGGCUCACGGACCGCCGCAGCUCCGCUACUCGAUGGCCGCUGCCGGCUGAGAGAGCCCCACCGAGCCCCGUAGGGAGGAGUGGGGUCCGCUGAGCCCCCUGAAGAGCCUUUUGGUGGAGGGUCUGAGCCCCCGGGACGCCCGCGCCCGUUGGCCGCCGCCACACAAAAUGGCGGCGCCCGCCUCAGCCCUCCCCCUCCCUCUGCACCUUCGCGCGCGACAACAACAGCCAACAGCGCCGCCCUCACGUGGUCCGCGGUGGCCAAUCGCCGCGCCGGGAAUGUCAGCACUGACCAAUGACAGUCCUAGUGCCGUGCGGAAGGGCGGGGGGGAGCGGCGCGGGUGAGUGGCGUGUGGGGCGGCCAAGAGGAGCGCUGCGCGGUGAGCACCGUCGCCCAAUGAGGCAGCGGCGGGGCGGGUGCAAGCGGGUGGCUGACGUCAGCGCGUCCGCCCACCAAUCAGCAUCCAGGUGGUGUCUAUAUAAGGGCGGCCGGGGGCAGGCCGAGCGGCGCCAUUUCGUGGGGACGAAGGGACGGUGCGGGUCGGGCUCGGCGCGCGCUGGGGGGCGGCCCCAAUCCGCCUCCAUCCUCCACCGGGCGGGCCCAGCCCCCGCCUUCGCGCUCCCGGACGGCUCCACCGGACCCUCCCCGGCCUCCGUAGCGACCCCUGCCUGCGGCCGCCGGCACCGAUCCCUCUUCGGGGCCUACGAGCCAAGAUGGAGCCCUCCCGCUGAACCAUCCGCCUCCAUCCGCCCUCCGCCCGCCUUCCAUCCGCCUCACGCCGCCCUUCUGAGGAUCCCUCCGGCUCCCAGCGGCGUUACCGGCCCUAUAUCGGCGGCGUCGCGGCGGGUUCCGAGCGCAGCGGAGAGCAGGAAGGUCCCCCCUCUCCAUCCAGGCCCCGCCGCCAUUUUCUCCGCUGAUGUGAGGGCGCGCGGCGGGGCCCGGCCGGAGCCGCCGCCUCAUGCCCGGCCGAGGGCCGCUGCCUUAACGGGCGCUGCUCGGUGGGCAAAGUGGGGGGGACGUCGGAGGAGGCGGCGGCGGGAGGAGGAGGAGGUGGAGGAGGAAGGCCGGGAGCCAGGGCCGGGCACGCAGCCGCCGGCAUGCUGCAGAAUGUGAAUCCCCAGAGCAAGAUUCUGGGGGAGGGAAAUGCUGGGCUUAUGGGUUUGGCAACGGAAUCGACCCCGGGCAAACGCAUCCGCAAACCCUCGCUGCUUUACGAGGGCUUCGAGAGCCCCACCAUGGCCUCGGUGCCGGCCCUGCAGACCCCCCAGGCAAACCCCCCUCCGCCAGAGGUCUCGAACCCCAAAAAGCCCGGCCGGGUCACCAACCAGCUGCAGUACCUGCACAAAGUGGUGAUGAAAGCCCUGUGGAAGCACCAGUUCGCUUGGCCUUUCCGUCAGCCCGUCGACGCCGUCAAGCUGGGUCUGCCGGAUUACCACAAGAUCAUCAAGCAGCCCAUGGACAUGGGGACAAUCAAGCGGCGCUUGGAGAACAACUACUACUGGGGGGCAGCUGAGUGCAUGCAGGACUUCAACACCAUGUUCACCAACUGCUACAUCUACAACAAGCCCACAGAUGACAUCGUGCUGAUGGCCCAAACCCUGGAGAAGAUCUUCCUGCAGAAGGUAGCCCAGAUGCCACCAGAAGAGCAGGAGAUUGUGGUCCCAGUGGCCAAGAACAGCCACAAGAAAGGAGCAUCACGGGCAGCAGCGCUCCUCGCAGGCCUCACAGCUGCUCAGCAAGUGCCAGCUGUCUCCUCUGUGUCCCACACUGCUGUGUACACCCCGAGCCCUGACAUUGCCACCACCAUCGUCAACAUUCCCCACCCGUCCGUCAUCUCCGCUCCGCUCCUCAAAUCACUGCACUCCGCUGCCCCGGCCGUGCUGGCUGCACCUGCGCCCACCCAACCCGUGGCCAAGAAAAAGGGUGUGAAGCGGAAAGCAGACACCACCACCCCCACCACCACUGCCAUCAUCGCCACCAGCGGCGAAUCCUCCCCGUCAGCCACGCUGCUGGAGGCCAAGGCGGCCAAAAUCCCUGCACGGCGCGAGAGUGGCCGCCCCAUCAAACCCCCCAAGAAGGACUUGCCGGAUUCCCAGCAGCACCAGACCUCCAAAAAGGGCAAAUUGUCAGAGCAGCUCAAAUACUGCAAUGGCAUCCUGAAGGAGCUGCUCUCCAAGAAGCACGCUGCCUACGCAUGGCCCUUCUACAAGCCAGUCGAUGCCUCGGCGCUGGGGCUGCACGAUUACCACGAGAUCAUCAAACACCCCAUGGACCUCAGCACCAUCAAGCGGAAGAUGGAGAACCGGGACUACCAUGACGCACAGGAGUUUGCUGCUGACGUCCGGUUAAUGUUCUCCAACUGCUACAAAUACAACCCACCUGACCACGACGUGGUGGCCAUGGCCCGCAAGCUGCAGGACGUCUUUGAGUUCAGCUACGCCAAGAUGCCCGACGAGCCGCAGGACGCCAGCCCGCCCUCGGUGUCUGCCCCGCUGCUUGGAGCCCUCUCCAAAUCCUCUUCCGAGGAAUCCUCCAGCGAUGAGGAUGAUGAAGAUGAAGACGAUGAGGAUGAUGAUGAGGAUGAGAGCAGCAGCGAGAGCUCAUCGGAGAGCGAGGAGAGCUCUGACUCAGAGGAGGAACGUGCCAACCGCCUGGCAGAGCUGCAAGAGCAGCUGCGGGCCGUGCACGAGCAGCUGGCUGCCCUCUCACAGGGCCCCGUUUCCAAACCCAAAAAGAAGCGGGAGAAAAAGAAAAAGAAGAAAUCAGAGAAGCACAAAGGGAGAGGAGGAGACGAGGAGAGCCGGGCGCGUCAGGCGCAGCUCCGCAAAGCCAAGAAGGGCGGCGGCGGGGGGAGCGGCGGGGGCAGUUCCAAGAACUCAAAGAAAGCAGCAAAAGCCGCGCUGCCGCCUCCACCCGCUCUCUAUGAUUCAGAGGAGGAAGAGGAGAGCAAACCGAUGACGUACGAUGAGAAGAGGCAGCUGAGUCUGGACAUCAACAAACUGCCUGGGGAGAAGCUGGGCCGUGUGGUGCACAUCAUCCAGUCCCGGGAGCCCUCCCUGCGUGAUUCCAACCCCGAGGAGAUCGAGAUUGACUUCGAGACCCUCAAACCCUCCACGCUGCGUGAGCUGGAGCGCUAUGUGCUGUCCUGCCUGCGGAAGAAACCCCGCAAACCCUACAGUGAGACCAUGAAGAAGCCGGUGGGGAAGACGAAAGAGGAACUGGCACUGGAGAAGAAGCGAGAGCUGGAGAAACGGCUGCAGGAUGUCAGUGGGCAGCUCAACUCUGCCAAGAAACCCCCCAAAAAGGCCAACGAGAAGCCCGAGUCAGCGCAGCAGGUGGCCGUUUCGCGGCUCAGCGCCUCCAGCUCCAGCUCCGACUCCAGCAGCUCCAGCUCCAGCUCCUCAUCCUCGGACACCAGCGACUCGGAUUCGGGUUAAACCCCACAGCACCACAUGGGGUGACAUCCCGAGCGGCUCUGCAGGACCGGGCUGGCGUGGAGCAGACUGAGAGCCCCCCAACAGCCCAGGGGACACCCCAUGGACUCAGCUGGGGUCCUGGUGUGACCGGAGGCCCCUGAGCAUCCCCAGGGCAGUGUGGGGCUGUGGGGUCGGACAAGGGGGGGGUCAGCAGUGCCCCCCAGCAGGUUUUACUGUUUGUUGUGUUAGGGUUGGCUUUUUUUUUUUUUCUUUCUCCUGACUUCUGGGAUUUUUUCCAAAACAAAGGGGGGGAGAAAAAGGUUUGGG